CCUUACCCUUUCUUCUGCUCUUCAACCAACAACUAUGGGGGUCCUCACUAGUCCAUCCCUGGAAGACAUAUUCCUCGUAAAAUCCUCCAAGCCCUGCGCUUCCUUCUCCAACGUGCCGGCAAUCGACAUCACCGCACCGACCGCCGCUGCCGACAUCGUCGCUGCGUGCAUCGAUUUCGGCUUCUUCAAAGUCACCAACCACGGGGUCUCCAAGAGCCUAACGGCUAGAUUGGAGGCCGCUGCAAUAGACUUCUUUUCCUUGCCGGAGUGGGAGAAGUUGGAGAAGGCCGGCAUGGCCAACCCCUUCGGCUAUGGAAACAAGAAGAUUGGCUGCAAUGGAGAUGUUGGUUGGUUAGAAUAUCUCCUUCUCGAAGUCACCUCAAACCCGUCCUUAACGAUUCCCUUCCUUAAGGAGUCAUGGGCGAGCUCGUUUUGCUCUGCUUUGAAGGAGUAUGUUUCGGCAACGAGGAAGUUGGCGUCCGAAAUGCUUGAGUUAAUGGCGGAAGGACUGGGAUUGGAGCAGAGGAAUGUGUUGAGUAAAUUUGUGAAUGACGAAAACAGCGAUUCUUUCUUCAGGCUGAAUCACUACCCGCCAUGGCCGAUGUUGCAGGGAUCGAACAACAACUUGAACGGAUUUGGGGAGCAUACGGAUCCGCAGAUUAUUUCCGUUUUGAGAUCGAAUGACUCGGAUGGGCUUCAGAUUGCUCUGAAAGACGGGAGUUGGGUCCUGGUUCCUCCUGACCAGGAUUCCUUCUUCGUUAACGUGGGGGAUUCUCUUCAGGUGCUGACAAAUGGGAGAUUCCGGAGCGUGAGGCACAGGGUGGUGACCAACGGGAGGAAGUCAAGGUUCUCGAUGAUAUAUUUCGGGGGCCCGCCGCUAGCUGCGAGGAUUGAGCCUCUGCCCCAGCUGCUUGGAGACCAAGAGCAGAGCAGGUACAGAGCUUUCACAUGGGCUCAGUACAAGACCGCUGCCUUUAAAUCCAGGCUCGCAGAUAACAGGCUUGUCUGCUUCGAGAAUCACCACUAAAUAUAGGAUUAUCCUCCUGCACAUUACAUCAAAAUGGAAUUCAAAAUCUUAUGAUUUGUAGUGACAUUAGUGUUAUAUAAGAUAUCUUAUCUUAUGUAACACUCAUGUCACUGCAAAUCAUAAGAUCUUUCAGGUUGAUCGGUUUUCAUCAGGAUAUCCUAACAUAAUUUGUGCCUGGUGCAUCAAGAUGCUUUUUUCGAAGGAAUAUGUAGGUCAUUUUAGGCUUCGUUUGGGACGGAUGUCUACCUGCUUCUUAAAACGACUCUUUAGUACAUAAAUUUUAAAUUUUGUACUAGAUAACUGAUUUAAGAAACAAUAAGAAAGCCGUCUCAAGCGAAACUUUAGGUUUCGUAAAGUUUCGCUUGAGACGGCUUUUUUACUGCUUCUUGAGACAACUUAAUUUCUAGUGCAAAAAUUUUAAAUUUUUUACUAGAAAGCUGCUUUAAUAAAUAGUAAGAAAGUUGUCCCAAGUGAAGCCUUAGGCUAUUGGUUGGGAGUUUUGGAGGUCUUGGGUUCGAGUCUUGUGUAUGUGAAGUGUGUGUGAGUUUAGGAGUUUUUAAGUUUAUGAUGAUGUAUUUUAGAUUAAAAUGUUUCGGCGUAAUAGUGAUGACUAAAUGGGAGAGAGAGAAGAGGGGAUAGUGGUUGGUAUUAUGCUAUGAUAUGAGAGGAGGCUUUGGUGUGCGUUGUAGCUAUGCUGUUUAGGGAUGCUGAGCGGGUCAAAACAGCCUGGCUCUGAUGACUAGUUUUAACUAUUAGCUAAAUAUGGAAAGAAAUAGGUUUAUUUUGUUUUUCUA